AUGGUGUGUGAUUCUGCUAAAGUGGCUUGGGAUAGGUUGAAAGAAGAAUACCAAGGUAGUGAUAGAACAAAGCAAAUGCAAGUGUUGAAUCUGAAAAGAGAAUUUGAGUCUCUGAAUAUGCAAGAGGAUGAAACAAUCGGUAAGUAUGCUGAUCGAAUCUCUUUCAUUGUUAAUAAUAUUAGAUUACUUGGUGAGGAAUUUGUAGAAAAAAUGAUUGUGGAGAAAGUGCUUGUAACCCUUCUUGAGAGGUUUGAAUCAAAGAUCUCCUCCUUUGAAGAAUCCAAGGACUUAAGCAAGAUCUCAUUAGGUGAACUAAUGAGUGCUCUUCAAGCACAAGAGCAAAGAAGGACUAUUAGGCAGGAAAAAUUCGCUGAAGGUGCUUUCCAUGUGCAAAAACAACAAUUAGGGCAUAUUACAAAGGUCUGUAAAUUCAAAACUAAAGACUCAAAAUCUCAACAAACUCGUUUAGCAGAUGCAGCUAAUGCACAGGAGGAGCAACUAUUCGCAAUUUCUUGCUUCUCAACAAAUGAUUCAUCUGAUGCUUGGCUCAUUGACAGUGGGUGCACACAUCAUUUGUGCAAUGAUCCUGAGAUGUUCAAAAAUCUUAAUGAGACUUACAAGUCCAAAGUGAAAGUAGGCAAUGGAGAAUUUCUGGAAGUCAAAGGCAGAGGUCCAGUAAUGUUCAAACAAGUUCAGAUGAAGAACAGAAGUUAUGUUGUUCAAGGGAAAGAGGAUCGUGUGUAUCUUCUUAAGAAGGCCUUAUAUGGUUUAAAGCAAGCCCCUCGGGCUUGGUACGACAAGAUGGACAGCCACCUUAUGCAGCUUGGAUUCAACAGAAGAAGUUUACUUGGACUGAUCCAAGAGUUCAAGGAAGAAAUGCAAAAAGUGGUUGAGAUGACUGACCUUGGAAUUAUGAAUUAUUUUCUUGGUGUUGUGGCCAACUUACAAUAA